UGCGCGCGCGGCCGGCUCAGUGCGGCCGGGCAGGCGUAACGUUGUGGGCGUUUUUGUAGCGGUUGUCGGAGUCGGUGGGGAGCGGAGCGGGGCCUCGAGGGGCCUCGCUAGGGCCACAGCGGCCGGCAGUUGGGCCCCCCGCCCCGGCCGGCGAUCCGAGGAGUGCAGGAAGGGGGCCGGGGGGACCCGCCCCCGGUCGGCCGGAGUCAUGAACUCCAACGUAGAGAAUCUGCCUCCGCACAUCAUCCGCCUAGUGUACAAGGAGGUGACAACACUCACAGCGGACCCACCUGAUGGCAUUAAAGUCUUCCCCAAUGAGGAGGAUCUCACAGACCUGCAGGUCACCAUCGAGGGCCCCGAGGGGACCCCCUAUGCUGGAGGUCUGUUCCGUAUGAAGCUCCUACUGGGCAAGGACUUCCCUGCCUCCCCACCGAAGGGCUACUUCCUGACUAAGAUCUUCCACCCAAAUGUGGGUGCCAAUGGUGAGAUCUGUGUCAACGUACUCAAGAGGGACUGGACGGCUGAGCUGGGCAUCCGACAUGUGCUGCUGACCAUCAAGUGCCUGCUGAUCCACCCUAACCCAGAGUCUGCACUCAACGAGGAAGCAGGCCGCCUGCUUUUGGAGAACUAUGAAGAGUAUGCUGCCCGGGCCCGUCUGCUCACAGAGAUCCAUGGGGGUGCAGGUGGCACCAGCAGUGGGAGGGGUGAGGCUACCCGGGACCUGGCAAGUGGGGCUACAGCCUCCACUGACCCUAUGGCCCCAGGAGGAGCUGAGGGUCCCAUGGCCAAGAAACAUGCAGGCGAGCGAGAUAAGAAGCUGGCAGCCAAGAAAAAGUUGGACAAGAAACGGGCACUGAGGCGACUGUAGUGGGCUCUUCUUCCUUCCUUCCUUCUGUUCUGUCCCCUCCCACUCUGUCUCUAAGUUAUUUAAAUUAUGGCUGGGGUGGGGGAGGGGUGGGGGGCACCAGAACCUGGAUUUGGUUUUCUAAAUAAAAGUUGGAAAAGCAAUUUCUGUGCA